CAAAAACAAAUUAACAAACGUGCGAAAAUCGUGCCUUGAGCAUUGAUUUUACAUUUAUUUAAUUUGUUAUAUUUUAUAUUAGGACAAUCAAAUCAACUAAUUUCUAUAAAAUAACACUUCACAAUGGCCAAAUUUAAACUAAAAAAACCAUCAAAGAGGCAGCCAGCUCGUCUUCGCUACAAAAUUGAAAAGAAAGUUAGAGAUCACAACCGCAAACUCAAGAAAGAAGCAAAAAAGAAUCCUAAAUCAAAGAAACCCAAGACGGUUGUGGUGCCCAAUGUCUGCCCCUUUAAGGAAGAGAUUUUGAAAGAAGUGGAAGCAGUCAAGAAACACAAAGAGGAAGAAAGACAGAAGAGAAAGGAAUUGGCAAAGUUGGAAAAACAAAAGAAGAUUGAAGAAAAGAAGAACAGUAAAAUCAGUAUGGAUACCUUGGUUGCAAACGCAGAAGCCAGGGGGAAAGUACAUGAUGUAUUCAAGAGUGGUGAAACACAAAGUGAUGAUGUUGAGUUUGGGAAGGACAAAAGCCAAGAAAACUCCCUCAAAGCCUAUUACAGAGAGUUCAAAAAGGUCAUCUCUGAAGCUGAUGUCAUAUUAGAAAUUGUUGAUGCAAGAGACCCAUUAGGUACCCGCUGCAUCCAAGUAGAGGAGGCAGUUAGAGAGUCCGGCAAACGGCUCGUUCUAGUCCUUAACAAGGCCGAUCUAGUGCCACGUGAUAAUCUUACCGCUUGGCUGAAGUAUUUACGAAGGACAGCUCCUGCCGUACCAUUUAAAGCUUCCACACAGGAUCAACAGCACAAUUUGGGAAGGAAAAAGAUGAAGCAUGUUGUUAAGGAGAAGGAAAUGAAAGGAUCAGCAUGCGUAGGCGCCGAGUUGCUGAUGAGCAUCCUGGGCAACUACUGCCGCAACAAGGGUUUGAAGACAUCGCUCACAGCUGGCGUGGUAGGGCUGCCUAAUGUGGGCAAGAGCUCCAUCAUCAACAGCCUCAACAGGUCCAAGGCAUGCAACGUGGGAAGCACUCCGGGUGUCACCAAACAAAUGCAAACCGUCCAACUAGACUCCAAGAUCAAGAUCCUGGACAGCCCGGGUAUCGUGUUUCACUCGGGUGCUGAGUCGGACGCGACAGUCGCGCUCAAAAACGCUAUCCGGGUCGGCAGUCUCAAAGACCCGGUUACACCCGCUACAGCCAUCCUGCAGAGAGCUAACAAGCAGACGCUUGUCGAUCUGUAUUCUGUGCCAGUCUUUAGUACGCCGCAGGAAUUCUUCGCGAGUUUGGCACAACGCAUGGGCAGGUUCAAGAAAGGCGGUGUGCCAGAUCAAGAAGCGGCUGCUAGGAUUCUGCUCAAUGACUGGAAUACUGGCAAGGUCCGCUACUUCACGGAGCCGCCAUUGACGCCCGAUUCAGAGGUACACGUGGACGCAAAGAUUGUGUCUGCGGCUGCCCAGGAAUUCGACAUCAACGCCUUCGAGGCCAUGGAGACAGAUGCCAUGAACGAACUCAGCGCCAAUGUUGCUGAAAUUGAGCCUAUCAAGAUAAUCAGCACCGGGCCUGUGGCAAUUAACGACGGCAUGCAGGUCGACGAAGACGAAUCCAGCAUACUCCCUAAGUCCUUGAACAUACGGUCGAAAUUAGACAAAAGCAACAAGCAGAAUGAACGCACGAAAUCCGACCCAGAAAUGUCAAUAGAAGGCAACACUAAACAGAAUAAAUUAAGGAAAAUGCAGUUCAAGAAAGAUAAGAAGAAAAGAGCAAGAAAUGAGAAGGUAGCAGGAAAUUUAGCUGAUGUUUUAGAAAACGUAACACUGACAUCCAUUAAGAAAAAAGAUGACUAUAAUUUUAAAGAGGACUUUUCGUUAUAGAAGAUAUAUCACAUUGUAUUGUUGAAUUUAAGGAGCAAAGAGUGUUAUAUCUUUCCGUUUUAUAGUUAUAUACCUCUCAUACUGAUUCUGUAAUUACAUCCAAGAGGAAUAAGAUAGUUCUCUAUCAUUCAUACCGUCACACUUCCACAGUGAUC